UGUGCCAUCGCUAACCAAUCAGAGAAGUAGCGAGACGAGCCGCUCCGCGCUGCAAACAUAUCAGUUUGUGGACGUUUGAUCGGCGGGCACAUCCGUUGCAAUGACUGCAGCGGCGCUCGCGUUUCUAUGACCGAAAAGAUGAUUCGUUCCUCACACCUCUGCGGACCGGGACAAAAGGGGGUUUCCAGACUUGGAGUUGUAACUUUGCGCGCAUGAUGCCUUAUUUUACCAGACUGCUGUUUUUACUGUUUUGCCUGAUGUUUAUUGGAGAGUGCCGAAAGCACAGAGGAAGGAACAGGAGGUGGACGGGAGCCGUGGAGACGCACAAGCAUGGCGUUCCGUUAUCAAAGAAGAUAAUAGAUGGGACCAAAACCCGCAAGGUGAAGACAGACCACCUGCUGAGGCUAGAGGACCAUGAUUUCACCAUGAGACCCGCGUUUGCAGGCCCUGCCAUUCCUGUUGGUGUGGAUGUACAGGUGGAAAGCUUGGACAGUAUUUCAGAAGUAGACAUGGACUUCACCAUGACGCUGUACCUCAGGCAUUACUGGAAGGACGAGCGCCUGUCCUUCCCCAGCAGAACCAAUAAGAGCAUGACCUUCGACGGGAGGCUGGUGAAGAAGAUCUGGGUGCCUGACGUUUUCUUCGUCCACUCCAAACGGUCCUUUAUCCACGACACCACCACCGACAACAUCAUGCUCAGGGUGUUUCCCGACGGCCACGUGCUGUACAGUCUGAGGGUGACGGUCACGGCCGCCUGCAACAUGGACUUCAGCCGCUUUCCGCUGGAUUCACAGACCUGCACGUUAGAGCUUGAAAGCUACGCCUACACUGAUGAAGACCUCAUGCUGUACUGGAAGAGUGGGGACGAGUCGUUGAGCACGGACGACAGGAUCUCUCUGUCUCAGUUCCUCAUUCAGAAGUUCCACACCACCUCCAGGCUUGCUUUCUACAGCAGCACAGGCUGGUACAAUCGGCUGUACAUCAACUUCACCCUGCGGCGCCACAUCUUCUUCUUCUUGCUGCAGACCUACUUCCCGGCCACCCUGAUGGUCAUGCUGUCCUGGGUCUCCUUCUGGAUCGACCGCCGCGCGGUUCCCGCCAGAGUGUCGUUAGGCAUCACCACGGUGCUGACCAUGUCCACCAUCAUUACCGGUGUGAACGCCUCCAUGCCCAGGGUCUCCUACAUCAAAGCCGUGGACAUUUACCUGUGGGUCAGUUUCGUGUUCGUAUUCCUAUCGGUGCUGGAAUACGCUGCAGUGAACUACCUGACCACAGUGAAAGACGGGAAGGAUCGAAAGCUCCGAGAAAAAGCGAGAGAACAGGCUCUCCCCUGCACCUGUGGGAUAUCCCACGCCAGGACCAUGAUGCUGGACGGGACGUACAGCGAGGCGGACACCAACAGCCUGGCGGGGUACACCCAGGCCCCCAUGGUGCCCGAGGAGCCCGAGAAGCAGGAGCGCAUGGUGGUGCACCUGUCCAUCGACAGCGGCUCCACGGGUACCAAGAAGAAGGGCCUUCGCGCCCUCCGAAUCAUCCAGAACACCCACGCCAUCGACACCUACUCCCGCAUGAUCUUCCCCGGCUCCUACAUCAUCUUCAACCUCAUCUACUGGUCCGUCUACUGCUGAGGCAUGCCGGGAACAGGAGAAGGGGGAAAGCAGGCGGCGGUCUCAUCUCUGAAACGGAAUAGGAAGA